AUGCACAAGAACCAAGUCCGCAACCCCAACGCCGCCAACGGCAGUCGGAUCCGCUCAAUCGACGCCCUCAUCGUCGGCGGCGGCUUCAGCGGCAUCUACCAGCUCCACAAGCUGCGCAGCCUGGGCUACAAAGUCCUCCUCGUCGACGCGGGCUCGAAUUACGGAGGAGUGUGGCAUUCGCACCAAUACCCUGGCCUGCGCGUCGACACUGAAACGCCGCUCUAUCAGUUCUCGGAUCCGGAUUUGUGGCAGGAUUGGACGUGGAGACAGCGCUUCCCGAAUGGGGCGGAGAUUCGCGCGUACUUCGACUAUGUGGCGGAGAAAUGGGACUUAAGGAGGGACACGGAGUUUAAUGCUUUUGUACAGGCGGCUGCUUGGGACGAGGAAGAGGGGAAGUGGACUGUGAGCACGAGAGAUGGUAGGAGGUAUAAGACUAGGUACUUCCUACCGUGCUUGGGUCACUCGGCGAAGCGCUAUAUCCCGGACUGGAAGGGCAUCGAUAGCUUCAAAGGCGCCCUGCUACACCCGUCAGACUGGCGGCAGACGCAGCCCGACCUCAGCGGCAAGAACAUCGCCAUCAUCGGCACAGCGGCCACCGGCGUGCAGCUCGCCCAGGCCCUCAGCAAGACAGCCAGCCACCUCACCAUCUUCCAGCGGACGCCCAACACCGCGCUCCCCCUCCCAAACGUCGACUACGAAUCCCCCAGCAAGCGGCCCUCCUCAGCCGCGACCAGGCACGCCCUCGCCGCGCGGCUCGACUCCUUCGGCGGCCUGAACCACAACGCCCUCCCCCGCGCGACCUUCGACGACCCACCCGAGAUUCGUCUCGCAACCUACGAGCAGCUCUGGGGGCCCGACUUCCUGCUCGCGCCGUACCGCGACCUGUUCUCCAACGAGGACGCCAACCGCGAAGCCUACACUUUCUGGCGCGACAAGACGCGCGCCAGGAUCAAGGAUCCAAAGACUGCAGACGUACUCGCGCCGAUGGCGCAGCCGUACGCCUUUGGCUGCAAGCGCAUCGCGCUCGAGAGCGACUACUUCGACCUGUUCAACGAGCCGCACGUGAAGCUCGUCGAUCUGAAGGCCACGCCUAUCGAAGAGAUCACGGAGAGGGGAAUUCGAACUGCGGCGGAGGAGAUGGAUUUCGACGUCGUCGUCUGCGCUACGGGAUACGACUCCGUCACCGGCGGGCUCUCGCAGAUCGACAUCACAGGCGCCAACGGCGGUACAACACUGAAGGAGCACUGGAAAGACGGCGUGAAAACCUAUCUCGGCAUGUGCGUCUCCGGCUUCCCGAACAUGCUCUUCACAUACGGGCCCCAAGCCCCGACUGCAUUCUGCAACGGGCCGACGUGCGCGGAGCUGCAGGGCGAUUGGGUCGUGAACCUGCUCGAGUUCAUGCGAGAAAAUAGCUUAACGAGACUCCAGGCCAAGGGAGAAAGUGAGGAUGAGUGGAAGGAGAAAAUCUGGAGCCUUGCUAAUGCGACGCUGCUCCCGAAGGUGCGGUCGUGGUGGAUGGGCGAUAAUAUUCCGGGGAAGCCGCGGGAGCCGUUGAUCUAUCUGGGCGGCGUGCCUGCGUAUUAUAAGACGCUUAACGAGGUUGCUGCGGAUGGGUAUUGUGGGUUUGAACUUUCUUGA